AGCGCACCUUGUACACGCAGUGAUGCCUCCACUCGCCGCUUCACUCCAGUCCAGCGGGUGGCGCUAAAACACAUACAUUGUUUAAAGAACAACAUUAAACCACAGAGGAAGAACCUUAGUUUCUCUCUGUUGUUUUUAGCAUUGAUGCUGAUUUAAUGCAAAAAUCAGGUCAGCAAAUGUUGUAGUCAUCUCAUUCUCACAGCCGUGACUUUUUGUAAGCAGGAAUAUCUGUAGGAGUAUAAUCUGAACUGAGAUCUGCUGCUGUGAAGAUGGAGUUUAUUAAAGAGGAGAGUGAAGAGGACAUCAGUGAACUAGAAACCUGGAGAAUAAAACAAGAGGAACCAGAACCCUGCAGAAUAAAACAAGAGGAACCAGAACCCUGCAGAAUAAAACAAGAGGAACCAGAACCCUUGAUAAUAAAACAGGAGGAACAAGGAGAGUUUAAUGAAGGAUAUGAGGAGAAUGUAGAAUUGAGUGAAUCUGAGGUGAAAAAACAUAUAAAAACCAGAGAAAAACAUUGGAGUUGCACUCAAACCAAACAAAAAGAUUUGAAGAAAAGAAGAGCAAAGACAUAUUUCAACUGCACUCAGUGUGGAAAGAGCUUUACAAGCAAAUAUAGACUUAAUGUUCACAUGAGAGGUCAUACUGGAGAGAAACCAUUCAAGUGUUCACACUGUGACAAGAGAUUCAUUUAUUCAGGAGACCUGAAAACACAUGAGAGGAUGCACACUGGAGAAAAACCACACACAUGUGAUCAGUGCGGGAAGAGUUUCACAAUAAAAGGACACCUUAAUAGGCACAUGCGAGUUCAUACCGGAGAGAAACCAUUCACUUGUGAUCAGUGCAGGAAGAGUUUCACGAUAAAAGGACACCUUAAUAGACACAUGCGAGUUCAUACCGGAGAGAAACCAUUCACUUGUGAUCAGUGCAGGAAGAGUUUCACGAUAAAAGGACACCUUAAUAGACACAUGCGAGUUCAUACCGGAGAGAAACCAUUCACUUGUGAUCAGUGCGGGAAGAGUUUCACACAAUUAUCACAUCUUAAGGAUCACAUGAACAUCCACACUGGCGAGAAGUGGCACACGUGUGAUCAAUGUGGCAAAACAUUUUUGAGGGCAUCAGACCUGAUGAAACACAAGAUAGUUCAUACAAAGGAGAAACCACAUUCAUGUUAUUUGUGUGGGAAGAGUUAUUCAUGUCUUCAAAGCUUGAAAGAACAUCAGAAAAUACACACUGCUGUGAAAGAGUAUGUGUGCUUUGUGUGUGAGAAGACUUUUACUUUAUCUAAAUAUUUAAAACAGCAUGAGAGGAUCCACUGUGGAGAAACACCUUACAAGUGUUCACAGUGUAACAAGAGAUUCAGUCAGGCACCACUUCUGAAACGACACGAGAAGAUUCACUCUGGAGAGAAACCUUACCAGUGUACACACUGUGAACAGAGAUUCAGCCAGUCAGGAAAUCUGAAAAGACACGAGAGAAUCCACUCUGGAGAGAAACCUUACAAGUGUUCACAUUGUGACAAGAGGUUCAGUCAGUCAGGAGACCUGAAAACACACGAGAGGAUCCACUCUGGAGAGAAACCAUAUCACUGAACUGCAUGUGGGAAUCGUUAUAAUCAACCAUCUGCUCUACACAGUCAUAUAAAAAGCUAUCACAGCAAGUAGAUCAUCUUCAGAUCAGCACUUUCACGUCUGAUGCUGCAUCCCCGUCAAAUGAAACACAAUAAUGCAUCAAGUAGUAAAACAUCAUCUGGAUAAAUCUGUCCUAACCAGACAUUACAAAAGAGACAUGACAAAGAAACAUGAAUUGAAGUUUCAAAGUGAAGAAAGUUAAUCUUUAUCUUCAAAACCAGAGAAAAAUGUCAGAAAUAUUUAUUCUUGUAUAUCAUUGUGUUUUCUUAUAAGUUGCAUAUUACGUUCAGUUGUCUUAUAAUGCAUAUGUGUCACCUGUAGUUUGCUUAGUUUGCUUUUGAUGUUUGAUGUAAAUUACAGUGGUAUAUUAGAGGAAAUUUAGUGUCUUGAGGACAUGUGUUUCUGUUAAUUCCAUGUGACCAUAGUAAAACAUUAUUAUAAGUUUAUACCACUAAUCUAUAAUAGUGAACUGGUAUUGCUAUUCCCUAGUAUUCCCAUACAUUCAAAUGAAUUAAGAAUAAAUCGUUUCAGUUUGA